GAUUCUUCAAGAAGCUAUGUGGGUCCCUAGUUUUCCCAAUUCUCUUUGGUUUGGAAUUUUUUCAUUUUAAUGGUACACGUUACCAGUUUAUCUUAUUCAAUUUCUAAAAUAAAAAAAAAUUAUUCAAAAACGACUAAAGAAUCACAACUCUAAUUUCCUUGUACAAUUGGAAAUCCCAAUUCCAACAAGUAUUGAAACACUGCAAUUGCCUAUAAAUACCCCCCAUAAUUUUUCUCUUCGUCUUCAAGUAGAAUUGGCUAUAUUUGUCAAACCACCCUCUUCAGUAGCCGACCUUAGCAAUAGCUUAUCUAUAACUAUUCGCAUAAUCCAGAGACAACGAACUAGAACUAGGAGAGAGAGAGAGAGAGAGAGAGAGAGAGAGAGAGAAUAAGAAGUAGAAGAAAAGAAGAGAGAUGGGUUCUGAAGGCAUCCAAGAAUCCGAGCCUAAGCUAUGCAAGAACGGAUGCGGGUUUUUCAGCACGUCGGCGACCAUGAACUUGUGUUCCAAGUGCUACCGAGACCUCCGCGGCAAGGAAGAGCAAGCGGUGUCCGACAAAAAAGCCUCAACGGCGAAACUUGAUGACGAUGAUUUCAGGGUGUUUAAAGCUCAUGUUGCAUCUUUGCUGUCGCCGUCAACUGGGUUUGAAUCAAUGGGUAAGGCAGCGCCGAAAAGGUGCUCGAGCUGCAACAAGAAGGUGGGACUGGUGGGGUUCCUGUGCCGGUGUGGGGCCACAUUCUGUGGAGCCCACAGGUACCCGGAGGAGCACGAGUGCAAGUUCGAUUUUAAGGCUGUGGGGAAGGACACCAUUGCUAGGGAUAAUCCGGUGGUCAAGGCCGAUAAGGUGGUGAGGUUUUGAGAUGAUGAAGCGGGAACCGGGGGGCUUGCAGAGCACAAGUGCUGGACGUGCAAACGACAUUGCUAGGCUGGGUAUUAAAAGGAGGCUUCUUGCUAGUUGGUUUUUUUUUAUUACCCAAAGCGACACAGCCAGUACACGUGUUGACCACAAAGGGUUAGGAGCCUCCUUGAUUCCGAUGAAGCGUACUUCAUCUUCUUUUUCUUUUCUUGUCUUUUUAUCAUGACUUUAUCAUCUAUUUGUUUUAUUGGUUUGGGUGGAUUUUCGAAUUGCUUGAGGGUGGUGGGAAAACACAAUUUGUUUUCUGAAAGACUCAGAACUGUUCUUUACUUUUGGUUCUGUUUUGUGAUCUCUGUACUGCUUAAUUUGUGUAGCUCACUGUUAUGCGUA